GCUAAUAUUAAUUAGCUAAAUUUAUUAGUUUAUUGUGACUAUAUAUAUACAACACAACAAGCAUGACGGUCUUAUAUUCAUGUUGGUUUUUCGUCAUGAAGAACAUUGUGCCUACGUUUGUGUUGAUAUGGUUGUACUUGACCACGAUGGUUCACGCCCAAGAGAACCACCUAAAUAUGCUCGUACGUACGCACACUAUGAACCAUCUGAAAUAUUUCCAGUCUCCGCAAGUUUUGCGUCCGGAAUCAAAAAUUGCGGAUGGGGACAAGCUUCCGAUCAUCGGACCAGUUUCCCAGAGUCAAGGUGAUUUCACGCACUUGCACAAAAGAGACAUUCAAGAAAUUAUCGAAAAUCAAAAUCUGACAUUCCCUCCCGAAAUUGUGAGACGGACGAAAGAGGCACUCGAAGCCAUAAGAUCCUUAGCACUGGAUAUAAAAAAUUAUAUUGAAAAUCCACCCACAGUCCCACCGGCAUCCACUCCUUCUCCGACGCCUGAUCCUCUUAACACAACUCUGAACCCCAUAGGAACAAAUGGUAGCGUGUUUUCCAACGCAACCACUACCACUCCUAUCACUACCACUACCACUCCUGUCACUACCACUCCUGCUCCUCCUACGAGCCUAGAUCUAGUUGUAACUGAUGGAUCAGUAACGACGUCAACCUCUGAAACUCAACCUCCGACUACUACAACAACUAGCACCUCCAUGACUACCACACCUCCUGAAACUACCAAAAGCACGAGAAGACGCUUAAACAUUCCCAGAAGAACCAAAAAUUUUGGACGCAGCCUCUCAUUUGAUUCGAAAAUUUUGGCUCGGGCAGACAAAGAAUCCAGCGAAGAAUUGUCUUCAGAAGAGGCUUAUUACGCUGCAGAAAUGAUAGUUUCACUACAAAUAGCCUUCAACGCUUCUGAAAGAGUUAUGUCGGAUAAGUUGAGUGAACAGUUGGUCGUGGAGCUUGAACUAAGCGUGCAAAAAAUGAACGAAAUGAACAAGUCCUUGUCAAACAUGAACUGGGAUCAACAAAAUGAUCAGGUCAUCUUCUGGCUUAGCUAUCUGCUGUUGUCAGUUAAACAUUCCCUACAAAGAAUGCAGUAUGAGCAAAUGGUAACUGAACUUUUAAGUAAGACUGAUGACAUAACCAUAGUAAUAACAGCCGCGUUUUGUGUACUAGCCGUAGCACUCGCAUUUGGAUUAUUCGCAUACACUUUCAAAUCACGGAAGCAGAACAGAGGAAAUUACAAAAUUGACAGACCCUCUCAAAGCAGUAACCCCAGAAACAUUCCAGUAAGGAACCCUUCGUCAAGCAGCACCCAACCCUCAUCGGACCCCAACUCAUUCUUCAGCGUCCCAAGCGGGGUCACGGUCCAGACCCGGUCUAACCCCAUGUAUUCAUCCCACCGCAGCGUCGAUGUUGAACGCCCCGUUACAGCAUCAUCAGUUGAUUCAUACACUAUCAGUCCAACACCUAAAAACAGAGACAGUAGCGGAUCCUUGGACGAUGUUCCUUUGAGAAAUGAAAAAAAUAACCGAGAUCGUGGAGCUCAUUUUCCAGCUUCCAGCACCACAGCCAGGAACUUCCGGGACCCAAGUCGGAACCGGGACCGAAAGUACGACGCCGCUAAGGACAACGAAGGAUUCCUCGACGACGACGCCGUAGUUGUUCGUAAAGAUUCGGAGUCGGCGAUUUGAUGAACUGUAAGAGAUCAUUAAAGGUGAUUUUUUGCUCUAGAUAUAAAUAAUAUUAAUUACAAACAUGGUGUAGUCAUUAUAUGCUAGAAUUAUAUGAUUGCUCUCGAACGAGAAUAAAGUAAUGCAUUCAUCGAUUAACUUAGACCAUUGAUUUGUAAAUAUAGUUAAAUUAGACCAUAAAAAAGUUGGAAUGUUUUGAAUGUCGUUCGAAAUUUUGCAGAGUUGCCAUUCCUAGAAACUUGAGUCCGGUUUUUUGCCAUUCCUAAAACAUUGAGUGCUGUUAUUGCCAUUUCUAGAAUAAGCACAAUUUUUAUAUUACAAACAUUAUUUAUUUAAUGAAAUUACGAACACGACUAAUUUCACUGAAGUCAUUGCACAAAUAAACUUUAUUUCUCGAAACUUAUUUAAACAAAAUAAAAAGUAAUUUCAUCUUGAAGUUAUGGGGAAUUGCGUCCGAAGUUCAUUAAUGAUUGCUGAUGUGUUCUGAGCAGUAUAUAUAAUAUUAUGUAUAAUAAUAUUUUGUGUAUGUGGUCGAAUGUUGUUAAAUAUCACAUAUUUUUGAUCAACCACGAGCCACCAUUUUCCGCAAGUUCGGCAUUCUAACAUCUUUUCACAAUAACUGGGCUGAUGGUUCGAUUUUUUCGAACUAUAUGAGAUAAUUUCUUGAAUUAAUUCUGGGUUGAAUGUGAUUUGAUGAAAGAAUUAUUAAUUAUUCCCUUAAAAUAUUUUAAUAACUGAAAUGAUACU